AUGGCACAGGGGAAUUUGAUUGAUGUCAGGACCAAGAAGUAUGGCAGAGUAGGUAGAAAGCCAAAGGAAUUUUCUGAUGAAUUCCUACAAUCAGUCCCUUUGCAUUUAAGGCAGACAGAAAGGAGUUAUGCAGCAACAUUAAAUAUCUCUCAUGUGACUCUUCACAAUUUGAAGAAAAAGGGAAGGUUAAGAACACACACAAGUAGCAACAAGCCAGCAUUGACAUCAGACCACAAGGUAGCAAGACUGAAAUGGAUUUUGUCACACAUAAAUCCAGUAACAAGUAAUGAGGAACCCACAUUUGUUGAUAUGAACCAUGUCAUACACAUGGAUGAGAAAUGGUUCUAUCUGAACCCUGACAAGAGGAGGUUUUAUCUCCUACCUAGUGAGGAAGAUCCAUACAGGGCAAUACAGUCCAAAAGAUUCAAGCUCAAGGCAAUGUUUAUGGGCUUAAUUGGGAAGCCAUUGUAUGACACAAAUGGGGAACUAAUCCAUGAUGGGAAGUAUGGCAUGUUCCCAUUCACUGUCAAACAACUAGCAAAGAAAUCCAGUAAAAACAGAGUAGCAGGAACUUGGGAAACAAAGGCAAUCCAGAAUGUAAACAGAGAAGUAAUUAGAGAUAUGUUGCUGACAAAUGUCAUACCAGCAAUUAUCUCAAAGUGGCCUGAGAGUCUAGCAAAAAAUGUUGUGAUCCAAUGGGACAAUGCAAGGCCUCACCAAGUUCCUAAGGAUGCAGAGUUUAUGGCAGCAACAACAGCACAUGGAUUCAACAUUCAAUUUGUUUUUCAGCCAGCACAGUCCCUAGAUUUGAAUGUGCUUGAUUUAGGGUUAUUUAGGUCUAUUCAAUCUUUGCAAUAUCAGUCUUUUCCUAGCAACCUAGAUGAGCUAGUUACAAAAGUGAAGGACUCCUAUGAGACAUUCAAUCAUCAAGUGAACAAGUACAUUUGGCUGAGUUUACAAAAGUGCAGAGAUCCUCAAGGCAGAAGGUGGGAAUAA